AUGGCCAUGUCGUUGAGCUCCUGCACCACCCUCCUGAUGACCCGGGCGGCCGCGCCGGCGCCAAGGCCCACGCCAACGCCAACGCCAACGCCAACGCCGGGGAAAUCCUCUCCCGGCGCCGGAUCACUGCAGCUCCGCAGCAGACAACCGGCGGCGGCUUCGUCAGUAGAGGCUCUGCGCUGGGCCUCCUCAUCAUGCAAGGAGUCCCGGUCCCGGCGGGCUUCUCUCUUCGCGUGCCAUGCGCUAAAUAAGUACUCGUACCACAUCGAACCCGCUGCCCUGGUGUACCGGCCUACAACUACAUCAGCGGGCACCAAUUGGAGAAUCUGGGAAGACAAGGACAAGGACCUCAUCAUCCUGGAGCUGGAGGUAGGAGAAUUGGCCCAGGAUAAACUGGAGGUUUCAACAACGGACCACGUGCUCCUGGUCGUCAAGUACAAGGGCGACAUCAACGACGAGUGGCGGGCGAGCUCGCUGGACGUCCGCCUGCUCAUGCCUCCUGGCUACGACGAGAAGAAUGUGGGCGCGAUGAUGCUGUCCAAAGGCUGGCUUCAGAUUACCAUCCCCAAGCCCAAGCACGAGCCCAAUAAGAUACAAAUCUCGUAG